GGGUUCCGGCAUGCCGGGCCGGCGUCUGGUUGCCGAUUCCCGGUUGCCUGCGCACCAUGGAGUGCCUGCGCUGCCUCCCCCGGCUGCUGCCCCGCGCCGUGCAGUCCCGGCGGGUCCUGUGUGUCGCGCGUCUGAGCCCUGCUGCCUUCUGCGUUCGCGCGACCCCGCUGCUCUCCGGGAACCAGAAGGCGCCGAGCUUGCCCGGCGCUGCAGGUGAUGUGUACCGGUCUAGAACCUCCGAUGCCUCUCAAGCUACCUUAGCCAGCGUGGCCCAAGUGUUUGCUGUGACAAAGUUUGACAAAGAAGGAAAUGUUACUUCUUUUGAGAGGAAGAAAACUGAAUUAUACCAUGAGUUAGCACUCCAGGCCAGAGACUUGAGGUUUCAGCACGUGAUGAGCAUCACUACCAGGAACAACAGGAUUAUCAUGAGGAUGGAGUAUUUGAAGGCUGUGAUAACUCCAGAGUAUCUUCUGAUACUAGAUUAUCGGAAUCUAAACCUGGAGCAGUGGCUAUUCCGGGAACUGCCAUCACAGCUGGCUGGAGAAGGUCAGCUCGUCACAUACCCACUGCCGUUUGAGUUCAGAGCUAUUGAAGCACUCCUGCAGUAUUGGAUCAACACCCUUCAGGGAAAACUUAGCAUCCUGCAGCCGCUGAUCCUCGAGACUCUGGAUGCAUUAGUGGACCCCAAGCAUUCUUCUGUCGACAGAAGCAAGCUGCAUGUCCUGCUCCAAAAUGGCAAAAGCCUCUCUGAGUUGGAAACAGACAUUAAAAUUUUCAAAGAGUCAAUUUUGGAGCUUUUGGAUGAGGAGGAGAUGCUGGAAGAACUCUGUCUAACCAAGUGGAGUGACCCACAGGUCUUUGAGAAGAGCAGUUCUGGGAUUGACCAUGCAGAAGAGAUGGAGCUGCUGCUAGAAAACUACUACCGGUUAGCUGAGGACCUUUCCAAUGAGGCUCGGGAGCUUCGGGUCCUGAUUGACGACUCACAGAGCAUCAUCUUCAUCAACCUAGACAGCCAUCGCAAUGUGAUGAUGAGGCUGAAUCUCCAGCUAACCAUGGGCACCUUCUCUCUGUCACUCUUCGGACUAAUGGGAGUUGCUUUUGGCAUGAAUUUGGAAUCUUCCCUUGAAGAGGACCAUCGUGUGUUCUGGCUGAUUACAGGAAUUAUGUUUAUGGGAAGUGGCCUCAUCUGGAGGAGGUUGCUUUCAUUCCUUGGAAGACAGCUGGAAGCUCCUUUGCCCCCUAAGAUGGCCUCCUUACCUAAAAAGACCCUUCUGGCAGGUAGAAGGAUGGAAGUGAAAAACAGCCUCAGGCCGGAAGGACUUGGAGCAAGCCGGACUGUCCUGGCAAGCCGCUAACAGCAGCCUGGCAGACAAAGAUUGUUAUACUUCUGAAGCUAUUAUCUCUCUCUGAGGGGAAAAAGACAACUGCUGUUUAAAUUAUGUCUGACUAAAAUAGUGUGGCAUUCACAAUACUAAAACAUGGCUGCGUCUUCAGAAUUCUAUGAGACAAAGUGCUUUCUUUGUGAAAAGCCAAAAUCCUAUGUUGGAGAGGACUGCCACAUCCUAAUGGGAGACUGGCCUAUGGUAGGCCAACCUUGAAUACUGCUUUUAUGGACUUUUUAAAGAAUCGAUUAAUUUAUUGAGAGAUAGACUUACCAGGAUUCAGCGAUGUUAUACAUACCAAGAAAGGUGCAUCUUUGUGCUUGGUGGGGCCCAGAAACUUGGCAGAGCCUCUAAUCCCUGAGCUCAUGGGCUGCAGGUCACCAGUCAGGGAAUCAUGUUCCCAUUGACUUCUGACUGGGGAAUGAAGCUGGUGGACCUGCUAGCCUUGCAAUGAACUCUGGAAUGUCAGUCCUUGAUAGAACCUUAUUUUCAGAUAUUUGCUCUCUUUUAUAUAUAAGAUAAAUAAAAGGGAAGUAUAAUUUAAUGUAGCAUACAGGGAUUCUGGUUAAUCAAAACUAUUAUUUUUCUUUGAUUGGUUAUAAAUAGAACCUUUGGAAGUAAAGUUGAAAGUGUUUAUUCUCUUAGAACUUUAUAACUGUUUCGAUCCUUGCCUGAUUUAAGAGACUGUCUUGCUACCUUCCUCCGAAGAAAAUGUAUACAGCCAGCUAAUCUGUUUGCCUACCUCUCAAAAGUUAGCAGAUCAGCUGGUCAAACAAGAGGGUAGUUAAUGUAAAAAUGGUGGGAACAUUAUCUUUCCAAACAAGACAUUAGCCUUUAAAACAAAUGGUAAAGCAGGCCUUGACUGGUCCUUUGUAAUUCCAGUCCUUGAAAGGCUGCAGCUGGGGGCUCGUCAAGAGUUAGAGGUCAGUAGAGGUUAUAGUGUUCCGGCCCGCCUGGACUAUAGAGUACAACCCUGCCUCAAAACACCAAAUAAAGGGGGCUGAGGGUGCUGCUCAUUGUUAGAGUGCUCGCCCAGCUUGGCACAAAGCUGUGGGGUCAACUCCUAGUACUGCACAGUAAGUAACUGAAUUGUUGAUACCUGUAAGUCUGAAAGCUGCCAUCCUACUUACCAUUCUACCUACCUUUGUGUAUUUUGUAGAGGUUUCAAUACGUUGUGUGCUAAAACAUUACAGUUAAGUGUGCUUCCAAAAGUAGUGCACUUGUAAGAUUGUAGUAAGACCAGAGCAGCUCUUGCAUACAGGUAGGAGUAAUAAGUGGAGGACUCACACCCACCACAGUGUUGUGUGCCCAAUUACUGCAAGUGUGGGAAGUCAGGCUAUCCCUGAAACUGGGUUCCUGUGGGGGACAGUCUCCUAUCAGGAUGUGCCAGUCCUCUCCAAGGCUCUGCUCCACUCCCCCUAGGAGUUUCCCAAAAGAAGUAUCUGUUUCUUCUCAGCUCAGGCCCAAGUUGCUGCUGCUUCUGCUUCAUUCUGCCCUGCAGAACGUAGCAAUCUGCUCCAGCUCUACCUAAGAGUCAAUGCUUCAGCAGAGGUGUCAGUUGCUCCUUCCGCUCUGGUUUCCUCAGGGAGAUUCCCAGUAGAGAUUCUGCUAUGCACCAGUGAACGAUCUUCACCCAGAACUCUUUGAAGAGAUUUAUUUGGAAAGGAGUCCCUGAGAGUGGCUGCCUCGGUCAGGGUGGGGAAGGACAGUUGCCAACUAAACAGGCAGAGGGCUUACAUAGGGCUUGAGUUAUUCCAGGGUGAAGAUUUCAGGGAAGGGAGGGAAUUGGUCAGAUUUUGAUCCCCUUGAGCUUGGACAAACUCAGAUUGGCUAGAUUUUGUGCUCAGGGAUUGGUUAGUUUCGUUUUCAGUUGGUCAGGGGCAGAUUUGGCUCUGGUUUCUUUCCUGGCCCUUUUUAGUCUUUUACCUCUAGUUUCAGGGCCAGGGUAUGUUUCUUUCAUUGGCUCUUGUUCCAGGGUCAAGGUGUGUUUCUUUGG